GCACGUCCGCUCCCAGCCCCCUUGACGUCAGCUCUUCUCAGACACAUAUAAGGCCCCGCCCGCCAGCCCGAGUCGCGCGAGUCCGGGAGCAGCAGUCUCACAUCUAACUCAGAACUCCUCGCAGCCUGACCAGCAACCUAGAUUUCCCCCAAAAUGGCAACUACUCUCAAGGAUCAGCUGAUUCUGAAUGUCCUAAAGGAAGACCAGGUUCCCCAAAACAAGAUCACUGUUGUUGGGGUUGGUGCAGUUGGCAUGGCAUGUGCCAUCAGUAUCUUAAUGAAGGAUUUGGCUGAUGAACUUGCCCUAGUUGAUGUCAUAGAAGACAAACUAAAGGGAGAGAUGAUGGAUCUCCAACAUGGCAGCCUUUUCCUCAAAACGCCAAAGAUUGUUUCUGGCAAAGACUACAGUGUGACUGCAAACUCAAAGUUGGUUGUCGUUACUGCUGGGGCACGUCAACAGGAGGGAGAAAGUCGUCUUAAUUUGGUCCAGCGUAAUGUGAAUAUCUUUAAAUUUAUCAUUCCCAAUAUUGUUAAAUACAGCCCUAAUUGCAAGCUGCUUAUUGUUUCCAAUCCAGUGGAUAUUUUGACAUAUGUGGCCUGGAAGCUAAGUGGCUUUCCUAAAAACCGUGUUAUUGGAAGUGGUUGCAAUCUGGAUUCUGCCCGUUUCCGUUACCUAAUGGGGGAGAGACUUGGUGUCCAUUCUUCAAGUUGUCAUGGAUGGGUCCUUGGGGAACAUGGAGACUCAAGUGUUCCUGUAUGGAGUGGUGUGAAUGUUGCUGGUGUGUCUCUGAAGAAUCUUUAUCCUGCUUUGGGAACUGAUACUGAUUCAGAGAAUUGGAAGGAAGUUCAUAAACAGGUGGUUGAAAGUGCUUAUGAGGUGAUCAAGCUGAAGGGCUAUACUUCCUGGGCCAUUGGAUUGUCUGUGGCAGAUCUGGCAGAAAGCAUUAUGAAGAAUCUUAGGAGAGUGCAUCCAAUUUCCACCAUGAUUAAGGGCCUAUACGGCAUUCAUGAAGACGUCUUCCUUAGUGUCCCCUGUGUCUUGGGGCAGAAUGGCAUUUCAGAUGUGGUGAAGGUAACCCUGAACCCAGAUGAGGAGUCCCGUUUAAAGAAGAGUGCAGAUACUCUUUGGGGAAUCCAGAAGGAGCUGCAAUUCUAAAGUCUUUGAAUGUGCUGCCACUUUACUGUCUAGAGAACAUGACACUGGUUAAGGGAUUAGGUAUGAUGCGCUUUUCAUGUAGGUCAAAUCUUUCCUCUGAUUAGUGACACCAGAAAUAUAAAACCUAUGAACACACUCUUCCUAACCUUAGAAAUGGGGGAAUAAUACAGUGUGGCUACUUGUAAACCCUGUUUGCCUAGUGAUGCUGGAUAUGUACAGUCUGGAAGUAGUUGUUAAACAGAGCCAGCACUGGCUCUCCAAACUCCCCCCCAGGUAUAUGACUGCCUGCCUUGUAGGUGCUGUAGGUUCUAGUAGGUCCAGAAGACAACAUUCCUGGACAUGAAACAACAUACAGUAGUAAAACUUUGAUGCAUUGAUUACCUUUGUGUUCCCUUCCAUUAGGGCUCUCCAGCAUGGCCCCAUGUAUCACCCUUCCAGAGGACCUGAUUUUGUCUACCUAUAUCUCUCUCUCUCUCUCAAUAGUUGUAAAUUUCCAUAUUAUAUAAAAAAAUCUAUGUACAAAGGUGCAACUGAUUCCUCAAGUGUCAUACUAACCCUAAUACUGAAUAAACAACAAAUAACUGAU